AGCUCACAUUCCUUGCUGGUACUCGAAGUUCAGUUUGAUGUUGAGAUCACCAUAUAGAUGUAUCAAUAUACAAAGAGCUGUUUUGCAGAAAUUAGAAACGUUUGACAUGUCAGAUUCAAAGUACUUUGAAGGUAGAAGACAAACUCGUUUGUCAAGCAGAAAGAGUGGAAUUGUUUCUUUAAAAAAUCCAUCAUCCCCAUCUUCAAAACUAAGUUCAGUGAGAAGAAAUAAUCCAGACAUUGAUACUAAUAAAGGAAGAAAAAGAUCUUAUCUAAAAAUUGAAUAUGAAUCAAGAGAGUCAGUGAAAACUAUUGUUUUAGAUGGCGAAAAGAAAAGUGAAGAUAGUGAAAAGCGUGAAAAUAAAGUUUGGCAACCGCAACAUUGGAACCAAGUAUUGACUAAUAUUAGAGAAAUGCGAAAAGAAAGGGAUGCCCCUGUUGAUACUAUGGGCUGUGACAGAAUUGCAGACCAGAAUGCCUCUCCACCCGUAUUCCGGUAUCAGGUACUACUCUCCCUGAUGCUUUCUAGUCAGACAAAGGACCAGAUCACAUCUGCAGCUAUGGAGAAACUACGUGUACAUGGCUGUAACAUUGAAAACAUACUGAAAACAUCAGACCAAAAACUUGGAGAACUAAUUCACCCAGCUGGAUUCUGGAAGAAAAAAGUUCAAUAUAUCAAGAGAACCAGUGAGAUGUUGAGAGAUAUAUAUGAUGGAGAUAUUCCAGACUCUGUUCAGGGACUGUGCACGUUGCCAGGUGUUGGCCCGAAGAUGGCUCACAUAGUUAUGAUGGUGGCCUGGAAUAAGGUCACUGGCAUAGGGGUGGAUAUACAUGUACAUAGGAUCAGCAACAGGUUAGGCUGGGUGAAGAAGCCAACAAAACAACCAGAAGAAACCAGAGUUGCCCUUGAAGACUGGCUUCCAAGAGACCUUUGGAGAGAAACUAAUGGACUUCUGGUGGGAUUUGGCCAACAGACAUGCCUUCCUGUAAACCCUAAAUGCAUAACUUGCCUAAACAAUAGACUUUGUCCUCAUGGUAGAGCUUCCACUAGAUAUAAUCUAGUCAACAAAUAAUGAACUCUGUCACCAUUGUAAAGCUACUUCAAGAUAUAACACUGUAACAGUCAACAAUGAGCUCUGUCAACAUGGAGUGCUGCUGCAAAAAUGACUCACUGACAAAAAGUCAACAAACUAUGAUCACUGUCAGCGUAAUGUAGUGCUACUUCUAGAUAAAGCAUUGUCAAUAUUGCCAGUUUUCUUCUUAAAUCUACCGAUAUGGUCAAAACUCAAGAUCUAGGUCAAACCUUGUGUUUUCACUUUUUCUGCAUUGUCCUUUCUGCAUUUUUUCUCAGUUUUUAUCACACCAUCGAUGGGAUAUAGUUGUCAUGAUGACAAAGUGAGCGUUGUCGUGGUUAUCCCAUUUUUGUCAUUGCGAUUUCAGGUAAACCGCUCAUCGGAUCUUCUCCAAACUCGCACACUUUAUUGAGGAUAUCAAGUUUUAAAGCUGAUUAACUUUUGGGUGGCC